GAGGGGGGGCAGGGAGAGGGAGGACGCGGCUUCCGCCAUAUUGUAUGAGCGGCCCUGAGGCAGGCCGGCACUGAGCCCGGGACAGCAGCGCAGCGGCACUUCGGCCUCCGGCAACAUGUCAGAGACCUACGAUUUCCUAUUUAAGUUCCUGGUUAUCGGCAGUGCGGGGACAGGGAAAUCAUGUCUUCUUCAUCAGUUUAUUGAAAACAAAUUCAAACAGGACUCCAACCACACGAUCGGCGUUGAGUUUGGAUCAAAAGUAGUUAACGUUGGGGGCAAGACCGUUAAACUACAGAUUUGGGACACAGCAGGGCAAGAGCGUUUCAGGUCAGUAACGAGGAGUUACUACAGGGGAGCAGCAGGUGCACUUUUGGUAUAUGAUAUCACAAGCCGUGAGACCUACAACGCACUCACAAAUUGGUUGACAGAUGCCCGGACCCUUGCCAGUCCUAAUAUAGUCAUUAUUCUCUGCGGGAACAAGAAGGACUUGGACGCAGAUCGAGAGGUCACGUUCCUGGAGGCAUCGCGCUUUGCACAAGAAAAUGAGCUGAUGUUCCUGGAAACAAGCGCACUGACUGGAGAAAAUGUGGAAGAAGCAUUUCUGAAGUGUGCAAGGACCAUCUUAAAUAAAAUUGAAUCAGGGGAGCUAGACCCUGAGCGCAUGGGCUCGGGGAUCCAGUACGGUGAUGCCUCACUACGCCAACUGCGGCAGCCCAGAAGCAUGCAGACACAAAACAAACAGCAGUGCAACUGCUAGGCACGGCGGUGGUGACCUGAUGCUGCGGAGCUCAUGUAAAAGCAGUGCUGCAAGUUGAUCAGUUUGAUGGAAACCUUAGGACCAGGGGGUGAAGCACUGGCCUUGGUUGAUUUAUCUGGGGGUUGGUGCCUUGCCUUGAGGUCUAAUGACCCAGUGAUCCUCCCUGUACAGUAUACUGUGUGUCAUCUGCCUGUUUAGUGAGCAAUCCUUACGAUUCCAAUGUUUUAUAUAACUGUAUCCCUUUUGGUUAGCUUUCCUAGCCACAUGACUCCACAGGGUGCAAAGAUGGAAAAUAAUAUCCUCUUUUUCAAAAAGAGACCACACAAGAUGUGUGUGGAAUGGUUUAGAUUCUCCCAUUUGGGCUGUUUAAAUUUUAUUUCAGUAAAGAGUGAUGUUACUUAACCCAUAACUAUACUGGCAAACUCCGUGCAAUAGACUUCAUUCGCUACCGCCAUUCUGAGUGUAUUUAUUGUUCAAAUUGGUCAAUGUAGAUAGACUUCCUCCAUUCUCACAUAAUCGCAACUUAUUGUGCAUUAGCACGAGUGGCACAAUAACAUUUUAUUUAAGUUUACUUUGCAAUUGGCAGUGUAAUCAAUCCCAGUGCAGCGUGGGUAGCACUAUUUUUGCACUGGGUGAUUGGUUUCUCUUUGCUCUCAUCAAGGCUUUUGCACAUUCUGGUUCUCUACCUGCUAACCUAAUUGUCCCUGUCCUGACUUCAAGCCUCCUUCCUCCUCUCCUGAUAUCUUGCUUAUCUGAUAGAGCGAGAGUGCUUGUUCUCUGCCAGGCUUCUUUUACAAUAUUAGCUUGCACAUUUAUGACCGUGCUCUGUUACCCUAUCCCUUCCUCUCUGUCCUGUCCAAGGGUUGGAUCUUGGUCCAUUUAUGGGAACAUAAGAGGAGCCAUUCAGAUAAGCGUACUGCAAAUCCUUUUGCUUUCUUAAGACGGUUCCCCAACAAAGAUAAAUUACAAAUCUUGUUCCUGCUGCACCUUUCUGAGAACAGGGUUCCAACUUUCCAAUACUGAAGAGAAAUAUCUUUAUAUUUCAUACUUCGACGCAAACAUUUAGUGUUUGUUGGGUUGGGGGGAAUGGUUCUGUGACAGUUAUCUUGAGGAUGACCCAUCACCCCGCCCACAGCUCAACAGCAGGUUAUGCCUGUCCUGUCCUCAAUCUCUGACUGAACCCAACAGGGGAUGGGUUGUCCAGACCCUGUUGCAUUGCAGUAUGAAGGUGUAAAGACCACCUACAUUCCCAUACUAUCCAGAGGACUGAGGCUGAACCUCCCCUCUGUGUCCUCUCCCUCCACCACUGGGAACUGUUUCUGGCACGGUGGUGAGUGGUUAGUAUGCUCAACAAGAGAUCGCCAUUCAACACCCUGUAGAGUUGGCAGAUUCUUCACUGCUCCGUUCAAGUAUCCCAACAAUACUGGGGCUGAAUAAAUCUGAACCCAACGGUUGCUCAGUGUUACCGUACAAAUGGUUAACUGUUCAGUUUCUAUCCACCUUUAACAUUGCAGCUAUAAACCAACACCUUGUCUCGUUGUCAGUCCCAGCUGCAUGUCCCCAUUCCUUCUCCCUACCAAACUCAAUAACUGAAGAGCAAAGGACUUGCAGUACUAAGUUUCCCUUGGGUUCUGGAAAGAAAGUUAAGCUGUUCUUCAGCCAACCUCGCUUCCUAUUAAUAUUUUGUCAUCUUGCCUUGAUAAAUGUUACAUUAGCUCCCACAGCAUUCCCAACUGGAUUAUUUUCUGCUAAUCUUUUUUUAUAUUCGUCAUGGCAUACUCCAAAGAGAAGUCUGGCCCUCUGAAUCCUGCCUGCACGUAUCAAGCAGGUGGGAGAACAUUCCUUCCCACACGGCCAUAAUCACAGGGACAGGUAGAUGAGGGCUGCAUGGAGCCUGAAGCAGCUGCUAACAGCGGGCAGUAGUAUUUAACAUACUAACACUUCCAGGAGGUAAAUUCCUAGCGGUUUUGAGUCAGGCAAACCUACAUGAGUGUGUCUUGGCUGGGGUAGGGCCAGGGUCCUCACUGGCACCAGGCAACACAGAAGUUCCAGCACCCUGACCCACAAUCUGGUGUGCAGUUAGUGGGCAAAAACUGAAGCCUGCACCUCGUGUCCCAAGUUUGAGAAGCCCUGCAGCGUUCAAUGUCUCUGCUCAGACAGGAAGAAUGACCACCACUGAAGUACCAGAGUACAAGUACUCUAGAACUGUAUCUAGUAGGAAUUAUUCACAUUCUUAAAGGCUACUGACUGCACGUUUUUGCUUAACUUCUGUGGCAUUGAUCUGUGAAAUGUCCUCACCAGUUCUUGAUCCAAUUGGACCCUUUAACCACUCAAAAACUGCAACUACAAAGCAGUUGUUAAAUAUCUGUGAGGGACUUCUAAAGUGCAGGCUUGUUGUGUUUUCUUAACUGCCCCUUCCCCAGUGGUUGCAGCACCUCAAAUGCUGGCAUUUUUGUUGCAUCUUAACUUUAAGCUAAUGCAAGCAGAGUGUUGAGCCCUGCAUCACAAAAUAGGCCUAAAUCCUGCACUACAGUGCAAUAUAGCCAUGCGUUACAACUUUAACACAGUUAACAAGUUAAUAUUUAUUUUCAACUGUUUUAAAGUAUUUCAGCCUAAUCCAAACUCACUUCAACCUGAUCCAAAGGUCAGAGUUGGUCUCAGUUGAGCAACCAGGCCCAACUCUUGAGAAUCCCACCUCACUGGACCUCCCUCAGGACAAGGGAUCUCACCACACGUGUUGGCCAAAUUCAGGUACUGGACACGUUCAAAGUGUCUUUUGCAGAAAUGGGAUGUAUAAGGGAUACUGGAUGAUAGAUGGUGUGCCUGCUUUUAUACUCUCUGCCUGGGUGAUCUUCCCCCAUUCUCCUCAGACUGUCUCUCCCACCUCCCUUGGCCUUUCCCUCCUGCCUCCACCCAUCCCCUCUUUACUUCUCUCUCCUGCCCUGUCUCUCAUAGAAACAUAAUUUGUCAAAAAAAAAUUAUCACUAAAAUGGGACUUUCCCUUAGCAGAGUCAGUCCAUUGACCCACAGUGUACUCAUUUAAAUAGUUCAACUCCCCUUUGGGACGUGGGAGCAGACUUUGGGGUUUGUAUCGAGCAGUGAGCAAAUGUCUCCACAAGCAAUGGAUAGAAAUAACCUGCAAGCAGCAAGGUACACGCCAGACGGUUGUAUAUAGACAUCUCAGUGCUGACACACACCUGGGGUUGGGAUAAUGAUUAAAGCAUGCAGUUCAGUGCUGGCAAUUUAUGAUGUCGCCUGACCUCGAGUGUGUUACAGGAUAGUUUGAUGUGUUCCCUGGCGGGAUGCCCAGCACUGUGCCAUCUGUUGGAUGCUAUGCCCUCUGCCUCCUGGGUUCCUCUCCACCCCCUUCCCCCUCCCAACGAGACGAAGGAAGUGUGCGUCUGCUGCCUUCUGCACCAGGCCUUUUCAUUAGUUUGACCAGAGCUCUGUUUCUGCAUUUGUUCAUUGUGAGGAAGCAGCAGGUCACUGUGGCAAUGUUUGAAGAAAGAGACUUGCCCUUUAGAAACGUCUGACGGAACUUCUGGUGCCUUGGCUUAAUGGUACAAGCUUCCUGAGUCAGUCCAUCAGACAGGAUACCGACUGGGGUGGUGGUUGUCAGCUGAAUCUUGGCCACUGUUGAAACCAGCUGCAGCCUCUACUUUGGGACCUAGGCUGCUAGUUGCUGCUCUAUCUAACAGCUGCUUUCUGUAACUGAGGGGAAGACUUACUGACUGCCCCACAGGUUGACCCGUGAACUAGUUACUUUUUGCUCUUAUCAAUGUCACAGGUAAUGCUCAAUCCAAAAUUGAUGCAUUCUCGGCCCACCUCCCUGUCCCCAGGCCUGGAAGAGCCGCUUUUAGCUUUCUGGUGGUUGAUGAGUCACACAAGAGGCCUGUUGAAAUAUCUGGACUCUGAAACCCUGCCACGUGACGUUAGCAAAUGAGGUUAUCAUAUUGAAUUUGCUAACAUUGCACUUCCAGGCAAAUACUAAUGCAUUUGAACUUAAUGCCUGAGGAAGUCAUGUCCUGCUUAAUACUGUUGCCGUAACUAGAUACCUCUCUCCCUUCCCUCCCCCCAAACGCGUCUGUAGGCAGCAUUCAGUACAUUCCCAUGCAACCAAGAAGAUGCUGCAUAUUCUGUUGCAUGCUUUCCUCUUGCUCUUGCUUUCUGUAUGUCAUCUUCUACCCUUCUCUGGUCCUGAAUAAAAAUGCACCCAAACUUUUUUUUAAAAGAAAGUCACCCUUCAUGAAUAUCCAUCAAUUAUAUUGUGGGGGAGGGGUCGCUGAUUAAUAAAACAGCUUUGUCCUGUCCUAGGAAGCGCAGGCAGAAAUAGCGUGCAGUCUUGUUUCAUUCAACUGAUGACGCAGUGUUUCAUUAAGCAGUGUAGUUCCAGUUUAACUUUAAACUAGCAAUUUGGGUGAUUUUUUUUUCCCCCCCCAUUAACUCUUAAUAGCAUCUUGCUGGCAGGUUUGUAAUCAGAUUUUACCGACUGUGGAACUACCAAAGUGUUAAAUAACUCGGUGUACUGAAUCUCGAAUCUGGGACGUGGGGAAGGAAGUGAAAGGAGGAACCACUUUGUUACAUAUGAGCAGUUUGCAUGGUCAUUCCUCUAGUUCAGCUUGUCAAAGACACCAACAGAAUCUUCGCUGCCAGCUGAUAAUUUCUGUUGUAUGGUGCAUUGGGUCAACUGUAGACUUGGUGCACUUAAUCAUUUGCACUGCAUCUAUAGUACACCACUGGAUGACAGUCCUGCCACUGUGCGGUCAAAACCUCAGGAAAUCUCUCACAUUGAUGCACUAGGACUAGACACUUGUUGCAGAGCAAACCUCUCACAGGCAGUUAAUCUGCAGGUCUGAUUUGUCCGCCCCACUGUGCGAGUAGCAGCUGGAAUAUUUUGUCCUGGUAGAAUGGAAUAAUUUAUGGAGCCAUCAGAAGAGUGGGUUGGAGCAGGUUUAAUCCCUGGAGUAUAAAAAUCUACAGGCUGUUUUUUUUUUCUUGCUGUUGCCCUCUGCCUACGUGUAGGAAGGGGAGUUCCCAGGCUUCCUGCCGGCUAUGAAGUGUGCUGUUGUAUUACCGCUGGUCCUGGAAACGUUUGUCUUUUCCUCCUGAGAUCUAGUGCACACAGGUCCCCUCGCUUCUCUCCCACGAGUGGUGAUGUGCAGGGAUCACCUUGAAAUGAGAGUCGUAUACAAGCCCCACUGGACAAUGCAGAAACAGAUUGAAUCUAAAGGCAUCCUUGUGAGCCAUUAUUAGGCUUGACAUAACCAACAAAAGCCCGUCCAUUGCCAAUAUUUCUUCUCCUGUUGCACAGUGCUCUCUUGCAUACAGUCGAAUUCUUAUCUACUUUGCAGGUGUUUUGUCCCGGUGGCUUAUUGACUGAAUGUGUGUCAGUAUCUAUUUAGCAUCAAUAAGGCAGAUAUUAUUUCUGGUCUGUACUGUCAGUGGAGCUGAAACAAAGCAGGAGCUCUGGAGUUAGCAGGGGGUGGGGUGGGGUGGGAUGGGAUAUCACUAUAAGACCGGCGUGAUGCCCCCUGUAGUUGAAUAACUUGCUAGCUGUCCACACUAACAGCAAGAGCGACUGUUUCAGAAGUCUCCAGCUGGAAUCCCUUCCCUUUGACGCAGGAGGAGGUUGAAUGUUUGAUUAGACGAGGGAGGAAACAUCACAAAGCCUUUUUCCCUAAAAUACAGGAACCUUCUCCUGUCACACCACAGGCCGGUUAUCCAACCAAUGCAAAUGGCUUAAACCUCCCCCUUGCCUGGUGCCCUUGAUUCCAUGGAUCUUUCAAUAGUUUCCUGUGCAUUCCUGGAAAUGGGAUCCAGAGGCUUCUUAUGGUCUCCCUAAACACGGAACUCCCUUGAGCUGCUGCUCUAUUUAGGCUGCAGUACUUGCUGCAGUCCCAGUGAAUUCUCCGAAUGCAGCACUUAAACACAAUAGGAAUUAUCUUGAAGGACAAAACUAUUGCCGCACUGCUAAUGGGUUCUGUAUAUUUGGAGCUUAUCUGUAAAUAGGUUUCACUUUUGUUUCCCAUUGGGGUUUGUCAAUGUUAUUUAUUCCUGCCGACAUUGCAAGGUCUGCUGUGAUUAUUGCUGCACAUCAAAUGUCUGCACAAAGGAAGAUGGUGAGAUGCAGGAUGGUGGAGCUGUGCCUAAUUGAGUUUGGCAGCAUCUAAGGCUGUUUGGUAUUUUUAGCACCCGUCAGUAGUGUUGUUUGAAAUGAGGCUAUAAGUGGUCUUUUGUGCUGCGCAGUUCUGGAUACCUGUAUGGCGUGUGUGCCAUAUCACCCUCUUACAUUUGGGUUUGGACCUGCUCCCUAGUACCUGGGACAGGUGAUGCAGUUGGCUACCAUUCCUCCCCCCUCUUCGUCCCCUGCUGGUGGGCUGCAGCCACCAAGGGCGCUCCCUAUGUGCUUGUUAAUUGUUGUUUUGCCCGACCUAUGUGUUUGGAACAUGGCUGCACUUCCAAUGGAGCGCAGAGGUCCCUGGCAUCCCUCUUCUACCCAAGACCUGCUGCCCUGAAUGGGUGGACUGUUGAUGGAGUGGGAACUCUGGGCUAUCCACUUGCUGGACACCAAGGCGUGGGGAGAAGAGAGAAUGAGUGAAGCCCCACUGAAUAGCUACAGCUGGUAGGAGCUUCCCACUCUUGGCACCGUUGCCCACGGGCAGAGCUUGUGAGUUCAGCCACGCUCCGCUGUUCCUGUGGGAUCAUCCCCAACGGCAGCUCCUGAUUCCCCUGUGGCCCUUUCGUCAUGGGCGGCGGCAGCAGCAGGACAGGAAGAGGCUUCAGUUGCAGAAUGUUCCAGCUGUAAAUCUUUAGUGCCCGCAGCCUUCUUGCUGGAGAAAUGAGUAGAAACCUUUGGGAUUUAAAGUGGGAUUCGGUGGGGGGAACACUGCCGCUCGUUCUCCGGGAUUUUAGAAUCAAUUGGAGCAUGCAGCUUAGCAGAAGGAGUGUAUAAGGUUGGGCUGUGACAGGAUUGACAGAAUCUCCUCCUCAUGGCUCUGAGGCCUCUUUGAAAUCUGAAGUCGCACUUAACUCUGUACCAAAAGAGGAUGAUGUUUGAGAGGUUUCAGGCCCUGUCUCCUUCAACGUGGUAGGGGCACCACUGGCAUCAUGGUAUUCCUUUACUCUGAAGGACCACCCAUGUUCUGAAUGAGCGCACCCCUUCCUCUGUAGCCGCACUGCCCUCUGAGUUAAAUUAAGGUUGAGCAAAUGAGUGAUCUCCCCAUCUCCCGAUUGCUUCCUCACUGGAGAGCACCGCGUAUGGCAUCAGGAGGGAGCAAGGAUCUGACUCAUUCCUGAGGGCCAUGCCCCCUCCCACCCAACUCUCUCUGGUCUGGCCUCACACCGGGAGGGAGGGAGAGCUGGAGUGAGAUCGGCAACCAAUGACCAGUACCUCGGGGUGUGGGGUGGGUGGGACAGAGGGAGCUAACCAGAAGCAGACGUGUUUGGGAUAGUGUGUGGGGACAGGUGGCUACGAGCGAGCAAGCCUCCUUGUGGGAGAAGUGAGCAGCAUUGGAGGGAGGAGGCGUUCAUCAUUCCCGAGUGCCUUCCAACCUCAUGAGACUUGACUGUUGUAGCAGGCUCCCUGUGGCCAUUAGAGUCUCGCUCAUUGGUUGGGGAGCCACAUGAUUUGAAGCUUCAGUCUGAUUGGAAGAAUCACCAGACUGUGUGCUUCCCCCAACGGUACUGGUUCUAAGUGCCACAGCGCACAGCAGGGUCACACCCAACCAGCUGCAUCUCCUCCACUGGUCUCCCUCAUGUUCUCCUCACCCCCCCCUCCCCCCCACCUCUUCAACACCACCUGCUGAGGACCACCACUGGAGUUACGCCCGCACCCCCCCCCCCACCCCAUCUGUGACACCUGGAGGUACACAUACCUCUUUUUUUUCUUAAACCGCAUUCACCAAGUAAGCAGGGGCUCCAGUGUAAUGUGGAAACGUUCCUUGCUGGCAGGAUCUGUGGUAGAGCGCUUGCAGGAGAUUCCCAGGAACUUUGGUCCAAGUUCACCCACCUGACAUCCCGUGAGCUCCCAAUCUGCAAACCUUCGAUGCUAUCCCGGCCAAUCUCAAAAAUUGGGCACAGCUGCCGCCAGAGAGGCUCAAUAGUGGGAGAUAGUCUUCCGAGCCCUUCAGCACACCCCUGGGAUUGGCAAAGAGUGAACUUCCAACCUUGGCAUAAGAUCACCAAACACGCAAGUCAUUUUCCCAAAGUCUCUCUGAACUGAACUCUAUGCAUCGCGCCCCCCCCCCCCCCCCCCCCCCCCCCAAGAACCAAUUCUUGGCAGCAUUCAAAUAGAAUGAAGCAAUCUCUGUUUCUUUAGUCCCCGGAUGGCUCGCGGUCCUGAAGCUUAACCUUCCAAUCCUGGCAAGCAUAGGGUCCAGGUAGCUCUCCCCUCGGGUGAGCCAGGGUGGAUGUCGGAGAAUGGAACUGAUUGGGAGAGGUGUGUGGGGCUAAACACAAGGACAUCCAUGUUGUAACAUCCUGACACAAGCCGGGAACUAGACUCCGAAAAGCAUCACCUGUUACUCUUCCUUCCACCUUAUAGCAAGAACACACCUUUUGUUCCAAUUUGAAGACAUAAAGUAGAAAAAUCAAACAAUUCUUCACCUUGUUUUACAUGCUAUCUUUUCCACCCCAUUCAAAUAAUUUAUUGAAAUCGGAUAGUGGGCCUUGGAAAUGUUCAAUGAAAUCGCAGUUAGCUCAACUUAUUCUAUAUGUUAAUGUACGAAUGUUAAGGGAGUAUCGGUGGAAUUAAACAGAAGCAGAUUGCUGUGGCCUUUUAGGGUACGUGAUCUUCAAUAUAAUAAUCCAUUGUGUCUUGUGCCUCUCUCAGUAAGUGUGUGGAGAGCAUAUGCACAGAGACUGCACUAUAAAACUUUUUUGAAAAGCACUCGUACUGUGAUUCGGGGAAAGGUUAAAUCUCCAAUGAUUCCUUGUUAAGUUGUUUCUUUGUGUUUUAUUUUUGCUUAUACAUGCAUUCAUACAUGUCUUGCAACUUGUUGCUAACAGCACGUUGCCUCAGAUGUACCAGAUUCCUGUAACAAGGUCAUUGAUUUCAUUAAAACACCUUAAAAUUGCA